AUGAACUCUGAUGUAAAAAAUCCUGAUUAUGAUUAUAACAAACGAAUUAACGACCCAAUUCAUGGAUAUAUGGAAUUUGAUGAUUGGACCAUGGAAUUUAUUGACACACCAGAAUUUCAAAGACUAAGAAACAUUAAACAAUUAGGAAGCACAUAUUAUGUUUUUCCUGGAGCAAGCCAUAAUAGAUUUGAGCAUUGUUUAGGGGUUGCCCAUUUAUCAAAUAAGCUAUUGAAAAAAUUUUAUCAAAUUCAACCUGAAUUAAGAGCUGAGAACGAGUUGGACCUAGAGUGUGUGACGUUGGCAGGUUUAUGCCAUGAUUUAGGUCAUGGACCUUUUAGUCAUAUUUUUGAUAAUCAUGUUAUUCCUACACUGAUACCAGAUAUUGAAUGGAAGCAUGAAAUGGCAUCAGAAAUGAUGUUUGAUCAUUUAGUUGAACAUAAUGAAAUAGUAGGAAUUGAAUUGAGCACAGACAAUGUGAAAUUUAUUAAAUCUUUAAUAUCUGGUGUAAAUUCUUCGAGUAGCCGACCUGAUUUUCUAUUUGAUAUUGUUGCAAAUAAACGUAAUUCGAUUGAUGUGGAUAAAUUUGAUUAUUUAGAACGAGAUUGUUAUAAUCUAGGAAUAAAAUCAUCAUAUGACAGCUCGCGAUUAAUGAAGUUUAGUCGUGUCAUUGAUGAUCAAAUCUGUUAUCUUCAUAAGGAAUGUUAUAACAUCUAUGAUUUAUUCCAUACAAGAUAUUCCUUGCACAAAAAAGUUUAUAAUCACCCUGUGGGUGCAGCAAUUGGACAUAUGUUGACAGAUGUUUUAGUUGAAGCAAAUUGCGUUUUCAAUUUUCCAGAAGCGAUUUUUAAAGCUGAACGUUAUUUAAAAUUGGAUGAUACUAUUCUUAAUCAAAUUGAACAUUCAGAAGAUACGCAAAUCAAUCCAGAAUUAAUAGCUUCAUAUAAUGAUAAUUUAUCCAAAGAAGAUAUAAUUGUCCAUAGAUGCACAAUCAAUUAUUCUAAAAGUGACCAAAAUCCCGUGGAUUCUGUAAAAUUUUAUAAUAAAUACAAUCAUGAUAAAGCUUUUGGUAUACCUAGAAAUGAAACAAGUUAUUUAGUACCUGAACAAUACGAAGAAGUAAUAAUACGUGUAUAUUCUAGAACACCUGAAAAAUUAAAACCAAUUCAAAAUGCAUUUCGUAGAUUGAUGGAUAAUUAUUUUCUAUCGCCCAACACCACUUCUUUUCCCACUACUAUCUCCGCCGGACCUUCUUUUUCAUCACCAAUAAAUUUAUCUACCAACACAUUAUCAUUAUCGCCAUCAUUAAUAGAUUUUGGUGAUAAUAUUCUUAAUAGUGGUCAUGCAAAUAAUAGAUCUUUUGGGGCGGAAUUAUCACCUAGUAGAGGUCAUACUAUACCAUCUGAUUUUAUCUAUACCUCAACAAGAAAAAGAAGACGGGCAAGUUCAAGUCAACAAGAUUUAUUAUCAUCAUUAUCGUCUAGUAGCAGUAAUAGCGUGAAAUUGAAUUCAGAACGAGUUUCACAUAAUCAAAGGGAGUUGGUCGUAAAAUUGUAA